UUCUUGUAAUAUUUUGCAAUAGAUCACACAGGAAGUUCUAUUUCCUAUUUUCAGAUACAGGGUUUAACUAUAUGCUUGUUCACAAAGAAGACGACGACACAGUCUGAUAAAACAAGCUUGAUAAACCUGUCAUCAGCUGAACCUGUCCAACACAGCACUCACAAGACAGGGCUGCACACAGCUUUUAUUCCAGAGUUACCUAAGGCCAGCCAUUUCCAUGGCCCCUGCCUGACCCAGACUCUGAAGAGGACACUGCCUUUGCCGUCGGAACUCAGACCAACGCUACUGACUUGCUGCUCGCCAACAGCCAUUACAGCAGCUUCAGCAGAUCAACACACAAUGGAGAACUAUACCACUGAUUUGGGAGACAUGGAUCUAACAACAAUGAUUGACUAUGGUGAUUCAGCACCAUGCAUGGGAACUGAGGAAAAGCACUUUGCAGCAAAUUUUCUGCCACCACUUUACUCAUUGGUGGUGAUAUUUGGCUUCAUAGGCAACAUUCUUGUUGUCCUUAUCCUGGUAAAAUACAAGAAGUUGAAGAGCAUGACUGACAUCUACCUGCUCAAUCUGGCCAUUUCUGAUUUGCUUUUUAUAUUUUCUCUUCCUUUUUGGGCCUAUUAUGCUGCUCACGACUGGAUUUUUGGAGAAGCGCUGUGCCGGAUUCUCUCAGGCGUUUACCUCCUUGGCUUCUACAGCGGCAUCUUUUUCAUAAUCCUGCUGACCAUAGACAGGUAUCUGGCCAUAGUUCACGCAGUGUUUGCUUUAAAAGCUAGGACUGUUACCUAUGGCAUUCUCACCAGCAUUGUCACGUGGGCUGUUGCUCUUUUUGCCUCUGUUCCUGGGAUAGUAUUUCACAAAACUCAACAGGAAAAUAGACGGUGUACAUGCAGUGCUCAUUAUCCGCAGGAGAGGAGAGAUGAAUGGAAGCAAUUCCUGGCCUUAAAGAUGAACAUCCUAGGACUUGUUAUUCCUAUGAUAAUUAUGAUCUGCAGCUACACACAAAUCAUAAAGACAUUGCUACAAUGUAGGAAUGAGAAGAAAAAUAAAGCAGUCAGGCUUAUUUUUAUCAUCAUGAUUGUAUACUUUUUUUUCUGGGCACCAUAUAACAUUUGUAUUCUCUUGCGUGAUUUUCAAGAUUCAUUUUCUAUCACUAGUUGUGAAACCAGUGGUCAACUGCACAAAGCAACCCAAGUGACCGAAACAAUUUCAAUGAUCCACUGCUGCAUCAAUCCUGUGAUUUAUGCCUUUGCUGGAGAAAAGUUUAGGAAGUAUCUUCGUAGCUUUUUCAGAAAGCAAAUUGCAUCCCACUUCUCUAAAUAUUGUCCAGUUUUCUAUGCCGACACAGCUGAACGGGCCAGCUCCACCUACACACAGUCUACUGGAGAGCAAGAAGUUUCUGCUGCACUGUAGGUUGUGCCUAGCAAAAAAAGUGGAAUUGGCUUUUUUGAAAUCAAGACUACGAUGAAAGCCUGGAGAAUCUCUUCUGGACACUGUCUCUAAUGCAUCUGCGCAAGGUUAUGGCACGCAUAACUAGCAAAGCUUUUAUUUGCUCAUAACAGUGCGGAAUUGUACAUAAAUGAAAUGGAUGUAUCAAAUUAGCUAUGAAGAUAUGGUAACAGAAUUCUGUGGCAAACAAAAAGGAAGAAAAAAACUUUUUUUUGUUGGAAGUAGAAGCAUAGUUACGUGCUACGGAGACUAGAAACAUAUCUAAGCUGAGAGUCUAACAUAGCAGACUUAUAAACUGAUCUUCUGAUGUGACCUAGUGAUUAGAAAAUGAUAUUCUUUGGAAACAUCUCUUCACCGUAUUUUACACAAGAUAUUUCAUUCAUUUAAACUCAGUCUUGGUCCCAUCCUUUAUUAGCUGGGUUGUGUAACUCUGUAAAUAAUGCUAAAUUACUGAAGUUUGUGAUGAAAAAUCUUUACAGUUGUUAUAGGAAAAUUAUGCAUUUUGAAAAGACGCCAAUAUUCCAAGGCAUAUUUUCCUUUGUGCAUGGUUGACUACGGGCUUUUCAGAUCUUCCUUCUAAUAAUUUAAAAACAGUCUGAGCUAAGUGUUGCCAUCUAAGUUAAUUAGGAGUUUGAUAUUUCAGAAUGCUCUUUUGAUAAACUACAGUUUUAUAUACUACUUGUAUUAACAACAAAUACAAUGAUCUAUCACUGAUCAGUAAAUCAAUUGUUCACAAUAUUUUAUAACUAAAGUACUAUAUACAGAGCUUCAACCAUGUUAGAUCAAUUGCAGAUAAUGAGUCAACAGGACUUCUUCAGCUUCUUAGUGCAGUGAUUUUGUUUGCCGUUUUUCUAGCCUACAUAAAAUAACAACUUUAAAAUGUGAAAUUAAUGCAACUGUAAUGGCUGCAAAAACACCACAGCAUUAAAGGUGUGAAAAUGUUUGACCCAGAUCUUUUUGAAGAUAAGAAUAUGCUAUAGACAUUUUUCAAAACAAACACACACAUAAAAAAAGUAAAAGGAUUCACUGAUGCACAAAGCCAAAAACAUACAGCAUCUCUCUCACUUUUGAAGAAGGCAUAACUUGGGGGCAAUUACUGUGUUUUUUUUCUUCCUGCUUCGUGUAAGUUUUAUACAAAGCAAAAGGUUCCAUAAUUCUUUCAUAUUUAGCAAGAUUGAUGCUCAACUAUAACUGGGCUUUCCCUUAAAGUUCAGAUCUGACAGAGCACCUGAACACAGAGAACAUGAAAUAAGGGGGUACUCGAGUGAUUAAGGUCAUACUUUUAUCACAAUACAAAUUGUUUUACACCAACUUUGUAUAGCAUUUCUAUCAUUUCUCACAUUUCCCCUAAUACUUUUGGUUUUGGACAACUCUGGAGAUUCUGGAGGAAUAUAAAGGUGAAUAUUUUAAUGACUGUUCUUAUCCAGUAGGGUAAUGUCUGAUUCCCAGGUGCUCUUUUUUUAAGCCUUUUUUUAAAAAUAAGUUUUUCAAAUAAAUAGUUCAAAGAGUCUCAAAGAAAUUUUACAUUGCCAAGUGCUUUUGAAAGCAGGAAGUGAAAUAGGGAAAUAUUUGCUUAUCAGGCCAUUAUUUAUUGUGUUUUGUCACAAUAAGCACUACUUUUGGACUACUUCCACAUGGGAAACAUAACAAAGCCAUAUUACACUUUCAGAAGUUUUUUUUUCAGCUUCACAUUUUUAAGAUAUUGUGUAGCAAUUACUACCAUCAGUAUAACCAGAAAUUGGGUAAUUUCAGUAUAAAAAGACAAACAUCUGCAUUUCUUUUUUAAAGAGACAGGAAGCUACCUGCACUAACAUAGGUAGGGUUGUUUGUGUUUUGUCCCUUCUCGAUAACUUUUAUAAGAUGCUUUCAUAUUUUAUUCUGCUCUUGGUAAGAAUUUUUAUUCAGAUCCAAAGAUACUUUGUCUUUAAGGAAUUACUUGCUCUAGAAGGAUUUGGUGCCAAGUGGGUGCCAAGCUCUGCAGAAGCAAAGCGCAAUAAAACAAAUGUGCAAGGGUGACAAGGCUUUCUGAGAUGUAUGUAAAAAGAAGAGCCCCAGUCCUUUGCAGUGUUCUCUCCUACAGCACAGAUCUUUUCAAGGGAUAGUUUACCUAGCACAGAGCUGAAAUGUAGAGACUUUUGCCUAACAGAUCAGCUUAUCAAGAGCUAGUCUCUUCACAGAAUCAUGGAAUGGCUUGUGUUGGAAGGACCUUUAAAAAUCAUCUAGUUCCAACCUCUGCUAUAGGCAGGGACACCUCCCUCUACACCAGGUUGCUCAAAGCCCCGUCCAGCCUGGCCUUGAAUGCUUCCAGGGAGGGGGCAUCCACAGCCUUCCCCACUGAGAAGAGAUCGUACUUCAGCAAAUUACAACAAGCCAGAUUUCAGUAACUGUAGCACACUUGGAUCCACAUUCAAGAAGAAAAUAGAAAAUACAGUAUUUGGCAGCACUGGUGCAUUCAGUUAAAGAUUGCCAACAGACAGCCAUAUUAUUUUGUAUCAUGCAUUCAUUAAAGGUCGUUAACUUCUACAUAUGAGACUGCUCAAUCCUUUUUCCCUCAUCCAUCUCCUUGUUUUAGAAUAGCCCAUAACAAUGAAAAAUGAAGAGAAAUCCCUCUUCAUCACAGGUUGCUGCAACGUUGAAAGAGCGGGCAGUAAAACUCAGAGGCUUACAAGCAAAGAACCAGCACCAUUUGGUAACACAGGGCAAUCGCAACAACGUUAGUGCCCUGUGAAGCCAGUGAAGGCUUCCUGUCCCUAAUUAUCUAUUAACACACUAUUUUAGUUGAUGUUUCACUUAGUUUUGUGCAUUGUUAGAGGUAGAAAGAGUGGUAUUUCACAGAUUGCCUCUUAACUCACUUAGAUCCUGGGAAGUUAAGUUUUUAUUAUGUUUAACGUCUUCCCCCCCCAGUGCCAGAGAAGCCAACCUCUGAGCACACCCUUACCCUCCUCGGUUCUGAGGUGACGGUGCCAUCUCGUGGCCAAACGGUAACGCUGCCAGCUGCCAUCCUACGACUCAUAGCAAUACUUCUUGUAGCCGCCCUUAUAAAAUGACCACCUCCAGUACAGGCAGU